AGUUUUGCUUUAUUGUCAGUGCGGUGAAAAGGGAUUCUUUUAUCACGUAGUGUUUUCUGGAGGGUGGGGACAGUCCAGUCCGAAAUAUUUGCAGAAGGCCAGCCGGCGAGGUUUCUCGCUGGAGCGUGGUGACGCUGGGACUGCCGGCGGGUUGUGCAGCCUGUGUUGUCGGGUCGAUAGCGAGGGGCUUGGGUUAGCCUCGUAGGAGAAGGAGUCGGGGACCUGCGACGACGGCGAUUGGCUGCUCCGGAUUGUCCGUGUCCUCUUCUCGUCGAUGACGGAGGUGGGCUAGGAGAUGGGGAGGACAUCACGGGUGAGCUGCAGUAAUCCUGGAUGUUCAGGAGAGAUUAACCGGGCGGGAUGUGGACCACUGAGGAGACGGAGCUUGACCGGCUUGCCGGCUUCCUGGGCGGCUGUCGGGCCCGGGAGAGCGGUGUUUCAGGCACGGCGACGGCUGAAAAGUUUUCCUCCUCCGAAUCUUGAUCCGCUGGUGUUUGCUGGUGAUCCCCUGCAAACAGAUCGUCGUCCGAUGGCGAUAGCAACACGAGAUCCAUGCCUGAAUGGGUGAGUAACUAUCUUGGAGAUACGAGAGUGUGUAGUAGCGUUGACGUGCUUGCGGCUCCGGUGCAGAGAACGAGAGCGAGCGUGCAGAGAACGAGAGCGAAGAGGAACUGAGGGUUAGGUUAGUAUUUGAAGGUAUGCCGGAAGAGGCGUGGUGCUGGAAGAGGCGUGGUUGAGGCGUGGUCCUGCUCCUGAAACUCGCUGGUUAAGCUUCAAAUAAUGUCAGAUUUUUUCCCAUGACACUUUGAGCAGAGAUCUUUCAGCAGAUGGAGCUGCUGCAGCUCAUCUGGUUUUCAUUUUCACAUAGUACCAGGACUAAUAUGAAGGGUGGUGGUGUUGCUACUAUAUAUUCAGACUUUCUAUCAUGUAAAACCAUUCAUGUGGGCUCAUACUCUACUUUCGAGUACUGAGCUCUGGCUAUUCGACCUGCUUAUCCAUGUCCAAGGCUCAGAAAAGGUUUUAUAGCUGAAUUUAGCGAAUUGUUAUCCCAAAUUACUGUUGAAUAUGACUACAUACUUAUUUCUGGUGAUUUUAACAUUCAUAUUGAUUGUACCAAUGAUCACUUUGCCAACCAUUUUAUUGAACUGUUAUCCUCUUUUGAACUCAUACAACAUACUACUGGGGCUACUCAUAAUCAGGGGCACACUCUUGAUUGAGUGUACUCUUGAUGUUGGGACCUCUGAUCACUUUUGUAUCUUCUUUAAUGUUGCCUGGACAACUAAAAUGAUACCUGGGUCAAAACUAGUCAAAAGACGCACCAUUGCUGCUGACACAGCUGGUAGCUUUAUUGCUAAAUAUACCAACACUGCAAGACUAUUUGGGCCAUACUCUUACUCUAACCUGGACUUUACUCCAUCUCCAUUGUCUUCAUGUGACAACUUGAUCAAUGACUUUAGUUGUUUAGUGACGCAAAUUAUGGAUGAUAUAGUGCCUAUUAAAACCAAAUUAAUUUCUGGCAAGACAAAAACACCAUGGAGGAAUGUGAAAACAGUGAGGGCCCUUAAAAGGAACUGCCGCAAAUCUGAGCGCAAGUGGCGCAAGACCAAACUGCAGGCUGACUAUAAGAUCUAUAAAAAUAUGCUCAGCACUUAUAACAAAGAAAUAAAACAAUCUAGACAGCAGUACUUCUCUCAAAUCAUCACUGACAAUUCACAUAACGCUAAGUUUCUCUUUAGCACAAUUGACAAACUUAUUAAUCCUCCGAGACCAAUACCCACUGAGUUCCACUCCUCUGAUAAAUGUAAUGAAUUUGCAUCAUACUUCAAAUCUAAAAUCCUGAACAUUAGGAAUAAUAUUGCUGGUGGACGUGACCCCUCUCCCUCUGCUCAGCACCACAGUGCCAGCACUCUUUCCAACUUCACCCUUACUCAGUGCAGUGACAUACAGGAAGUAGUACAACAGCUGAGCUCUGUGACCUGCUCGCUUGCCCGCUAAACUGUUCAAAGAUGUUUUUAACUGUAUUGGUGAUGAUGUACUCAAAAUUGUAAAUACCUCCCUACAGUCUGGAAUCUUUCCCUCAGGUCUCAAACAUGCUAUUAUAACACCAUUGAUAAAAAAGAGUAACCUUGAUCCUUUCACUGUUGAGAACUAAAGCUCCAUUUCAAACCUUCCAUUCCUGAGGAAAAUUCUGGAGAAGGUUGUCUACCAGCAAUUACACAGGUAUCUGUCAUAUAAUAGCCUGUUUGAUGCCUACCAGUCUGGUUUUAGAAAAAAAUCACAGUACAGAAACUGCCCUCGUCAGAGUUAUCAAUGAUCUGAAAAUUAACACAGACAACCACAAAGUCUCUAUUCUGUUACUGCUCGACCUUAGUGCAGCUUUUGAUACUGUAGACCAUGUCAUUCUACUUCAGUGCCUUGCACAGUGUUUGGGCCUCAGAGGUUCAGUUCUUAACUGGUUUUCUUCAUAUUUAAGUGGUAGAUCUUUCUCUGUUUCCGUCGGCAGCUAUGAAUCUGAUAAUGUCAGCAUUGAAUAUGGAGUCCCACAAGGGUCAAUUCUAGGUCCCCUACUUUUCAAUUUGUAUAUGUUACCACUUGGGUCCAUCAUUCGGCAUCAUAAUAUUCAAUAUUAUUCCUAUGCUGAUGACACACAAUUAUAUGUAUCUGUUACUGCCAAUCAUUUGAACCCAGUCAAUGACCUCAUUCAAUGCAUUACAGAUAUCAAGUAUUAAAUGGCACCCAACUUUUUACAGCUAAAUGAAGAAAAAACAGAGACUAUUUUAAUUGGUCCAAGUGCUCUGAGGCAACAUAUUCUCCCUCUAUUAACUCCUCUGUCAGUAAAACAAUGUGAGCUUGUCAAAAACUUGGGUGUUAUUUUAGAUGCUGAUCUUAACUUCCAGAAACACAUAGCAAAUGUCUCCAGGACUGCCUUCUAUCACCUCAGAAAUAUAUCUAAAGUAAGAUGCUUUCUGUCACAAUCAGACUCUGAAAAACUGGUUCAUGCCUUUAUCUCCAGUAAAUUAGAUUAUUGCAAUGCACUUUUUGCAGGACUAACAAAGCAAGUGUUACAUAAACUCCAGCUUAUUCAAAAUGCUGCAGCCAGAAUUCUAACAAAGACCAGGGGCCUCAUUUAUCAACCGUUCGUAGAAAAGGUUCUAAAUUCUGUCGUAGGAAUGAAAUUUAGAAUGUGUGUAAGUACAAAAAAAUCCGGAUUUAAUCAAACGUGCGGACACUGGUCGUACGCACAUCAGUGAUGAUAAAUCCCACCUGUGCUUACCUGCUGUGCUCGCACCGGGUGAGGGUCAUUUGCAUACAGAAACUCCUCCAAUUAACCAUAUAUGGCAGCAACACUCCCUUCAAAAAUGUGUGAAUUGAGUCCCUCCCCCUCACCGAAAUCAUGGCAAAGAGGGCGAAGAAAAGGAAUUACACCGACGCUGAGAUCGAGGUUCUGGUGGGAGAAGUGGAGAGCAACCAGAGAUUACUUUUCGGAAACUUGAAUGCAGCUGUGACCAAUAAAAAGAAGAGUGCUGCGUGGGAGAAGGUCACAGAUGCCGUUAAUUCUGUUGGGUCAGAGUCAAGAUCACCCUCAGAGAUAAAAAAAAAAAGUGGUUUGACAUCAAACUAGGUGCCAAAAAACGCGUUGCAGCCCAUAAACAGGAGACAUCUGCAACCGGAGGAGGACAGGCAACAACGCAGCUGUCAGCGAUGGAUACCCGUGUUGCCAGCAUCAUCAGGGACACAGCACUGUGUGGUAUAAUUCCCGGAGGAGACACAAACACACUCCCACCAGCUGUACCAUCAACAAGUCACACUGCAGACACUCAAGCCAGUCCAGCCUGCGCUAAGGAGCCGGAGACGGUGGAGGAGCCGGAGGCGGAGGAGGAGCUGGAGGAACAGGAGCAGCCAGGGUCAUCCAGAACCCAUUCGUUGUGCCCAGAGCCGCCUUGACCUAAUGAUAGGCCCUGGGGCUAAGAGGUUUUGUAGGCCCCCCAGCCCCUCGACUUACAUAGUCUUAACGUCUUAACGUAUCACUUGAGUAUAAACACAAAAUACACUUUUUAUAACAACCACACACAGCAAACCAAGGUGUGUGAAAAUGUACAUAUAAUAUAAUUAACACACAGUAAAGCUGUAUUUUUGGGAUCACUUUUUUUUAUCAGAACUGUAAAAUACAGACUGCUGCUGAACUGACAGCUGGACUGGACACAGAAAUAAUGUUGAACUAAACCUGCAUAGUAAGGUCUGUGAUGCAAAUAAAGUUCCAUGUUCAGGUUUAACCAUAGACUGUAAAGAAACAUAUAACAUAUAUAUAACAACAUAUAUAUUAACAUAUAACCCCCCCCUCUGGCCUUGGCGGGCCUUGUGAACCAAUCACAUGCACCUGCACAGACACACAUGCACACUCCAUUCAGCACCAUGGAUAGCAACAUGGCUUAAUGCCAGCCAGGUAUAAAAGAUGAAACAUUAUGGAAGAUUUUGAGUAUAAUGACAAACAUAUAAGCAAAUACGGUAUGCAUUUCACUGCACAACCACAACAAUUCAAAACCUGCACCAGCUAGCAAUUAAUACAGCACUUUCCUAUCUUUUUAGAAGUGCUUCCGCCUGGUUGAAGAAAAGGCCUUGAUAAUGUCCUUAAAAUACAAAUCACGCAGGAUGUCAUGCUCAAUCAGUGUGAGAUGACUGACUCAAGUCUAUUUUUCACCAAGCCCAGUUUGUAGAAGUUACUGAGUUUGCGUUUGAAAUGAGAAAAAUCUUCUCUGCUGCUUAUAUUGGCGUUCCGAUGCUGAUUUGUCCGCAUCUUUAUUUUGACGGGACUCCGGUCCCAUUUUCACCCAGUAGGCGCGCACAUUCACGUUAACGCUGUUUCCCCAGCGGCCCGGGUCGCUGUUAUAAGGGUUCUGACUCGGGCCCUGCUGGUCUGCAGCCUUGUCCUCUCUGGGGUUCGUGUGACCCGGGACCCCCCCCUCCACCUCCUCCCCUCCACUGCGCGCGGGAGACCGCUCCUCUCCCGCUACAUCCAUCGGUGCGGCCGGCGCCUUCUCCGCUUCCUCCGGUGGGUGGUUUGAGUUUCCCCCGCUUGGUCCAUCACCAGCAGCAAGUUUAAAAAAUCCUGUUAGCUUCGGAAUGCUUUUAAGCAACUCUUUUUCACGAAUCUCUUUUUCUACAGUCUUUUUUAUUUUCUGGGCUCCGCUUUCAAACUUCUUCCCCGACAUUUUGCAACUGUCAAUCAAUCAUAGCGGGACGCACCCCAACACACUCUGAUUGGUCACCCAUGGCCUAAGGCCCGCCCACAGGCUGCAGGGCCGUAGUGGGUCACUCGUAAUUUGGAUCAAUCAGCAGCCCGUAACGUGCGUAUAGAGUGAUACAAAAACAAUAUGACUUUUUCAGCUCAUCCUGACCCCAAAAUGAUAGGCCCCUGAAGUUGGCAGGCCCCUGGGCUUCAGCCCAGGUAAGCCCUGCAUUAAGGCGACCUUGGGUGCGCCCUGGGAGGGUGAGGAUGCUGUCGGAGGCAGUGAUUCAGAACCAGGAGGACACCACCAGAUCCGUCAACGAAAUAAGGGAUCAACUGACCACCAUAUCGAGCACCCUACUUCAGAUGAACGAAUCUCUGAAACAGAUUGUUGCAUGCGCAGCGCAGAUGUUGAAAAAAUAAAAAAAUGUUGAAUGAUGUUGACAUUAUUUUCCCACGCACACCUUCGAUCCGAAAUCUCUCACUAUUCAAAGAUCGGCUAACAGGCAGACCUAUGGAGCCAAAUCAAGGCAAUAAGGUUUGUAAUUGAAAAACUGAGAUUUGAACCUGAAAAUUCAAGUUUUGAUCAUGUACCUUUCUUUGUGAUCUGAAACUGAAAAAAGGAUCUGAUACUGAAAAAAAGAAAC